GUUCGCCUAUUACUUUUUGCUCAACCGACGCCACCGAGCUUCGAUGCUGCUUUGAAGCUUCACCAACGGCAUUCACAUCCAAGACGCCAUAACAUGAACUUCGUGGAGUGAAAACACAGCAAUUUACCAAGAUGGCAACGGACCAGCAAUUUUGUCUACGCUGGAACAAUCACCAAAGUACUCUGAUCUCCGUAUUCGAUUCUCUAUUGGAGAAUGGAACUCUAGUCGACUGCACACUUGCUGCUGAGGGACAGUCCCUGAAAGCCCACAAAGUCGUCCUAUCGGCAUGCAGUCCUUACUUGGAAGCGCUGCUAAGUCAGCAUUACGAGAAACAUCCAAUAGUGAUCCUGAAGGAUGUGAAGUUUUCGGAACUUAAAAGUAUGAUGGACUAUAUGUAUCGCGGUGAAGUGAACAUUUCCCAAGAUCAAUUAGGAACUUUCUUAAAAGCCGCCGAAUCGCUUCAAAUUAAGGGACUGUCAGAUAACGGAGAUGAUGCGCGAGAUGUAGGUUCGACAAAUAAAAAACCGGAUGCACCCCGACCUAAUGUCACCCAAACCCGCGCACCCUUAGAAUCAAAAAGGCCCGCCCCUUUAGGAGAUGUGUCAGAUACCUCUAGGGACGGUAGCAUUUCUCCUUCUUCUCUGAGGAAGAGAAGAAGAACACGAAGGCCUUCAAAUGGGGAAGACCCCGAAAAUAAUUUAGAUAACAAUGUCUGUGAUCUCCCUGCCCCUCAAUCUACCCCCAUGCCAGUUCCUAGUGCCCCUGUUCAAAGUUUACCUAAGCAAAUAGUCAAAACAGAACCACCUCCGCCGAUGCCUGAUCCUGUGAAAAAAGAAAUUCUGGACCCCCCCGCCGAACCUCUGCUAGAACCCAAGACUGAGUACCUGGACUACAUGAAUAACGAAAACAGCAUUGAAGUUGAAGAUCUGACCCUGGACGACGAUGAUGAGGAUGGAAUGGACUCUUCAAUGGAUGCCUCUCGACCCGGACCCUCACAUGGCGAUCUAUCACAAGGCGGUUACCCUCCAUGGACAAUGACAGGCGACCAAUCAGGCACGGACGAAAUCUUCAUGGCAGCACAGGAAGCAGUCGGCGCAGCAUCAGGACAACAGCAACGUGAUAGUCAAGGUAGGCAUGGGUCGCUGACUUGAACACAUGGGGUCGGG